AUGGAACAACCAUCAAUCACCUAUUCUGCUACUCAAUCUGUCGACUAUCUUGGACAUACUCAUAACUGGUCUGACACUGAUGUUAUUUCUUCUUACAAACAAGUUUGUCGAGACCUCACUGCUUGUCAAGAAAAGUGUCGUGAAGAAUCUUUCAAUCAAAAACAACAACUUAAAAAUCCUCGUCCUUUAGUUGGUCUUCAACAACAACGCUCUUCGGGUAAGACUAUCGGUAACAUUAGUAAACAACUUCAACAACAAAAAUAUGAGUCUGCCCUUCGUGCCGAAGAAAAACGUUUGAUUCGUAUGAAGAAUGCCCUUUGGAGACGUAUGGGUUCUGCUGUCGGUUGCGUUGGAAAGGGCAAUAAACUAGUUUCUCCAAAAGCUUUAAAAUGGCAAAAAGAAUGCGAUAUUCUUUGGUUAUUCGGUCCCCUUUAUCAACCUGAUAACGAUCCAUUUAUGGAGGAUGAUGAUGACAAAACUUUAGUCGGAAGUCCCCCAGGUACUUGUUGCCCACCGUCACCCAUCUUUGGUGCUACUUCUGCAUCUCCAUUACCAAGUUCCUUUGAUCUUCCAACUCCUCCUUCCUCUCCUCAGAGCUCUCCAUCAAUUUACAUUAAACCCGUUUUAAAGAAACCU